ACUGUUGUCGCAAACCAUCUCAACCUUUUCAUUGAACUGGCCCUUCUCGCCGAAUCGUAUCAAUCGAAUCGCGCGCUGCCGCUCCACCACCUCUUGUCAGAGUCAGUCAACGGGUUCGUCCAUAUCGGCGCAUCGAGCGCAACAUUCCCCCGCGAUGUCCACGCUCCCUCCCACGCAAGCCCCGGGGCAGCAGGAAUAUGCAGGCGAUGAGAUCAAUGCGCUUGUGUUAGACCCGGGCAGUCACAGUGUGCGCGCAGGCUUCGCCGGAGAAGACACGCCCAAGUCGGUGGUUCCCACAAGCUAUGCAAAGACGGCAUCAGGCGAUAAGCUAUUUGGCGAAAAUGCGAUACAUCUCCCGAAACCCGAAGUCGAGAUACUAAAUCCCUACGAUGCGGACGGAAUUGUGGAAGACUGGGAAACAGCGUCGAGUCUGUGGGAGUACGCAGUCACGAGCAGAUUAACGGGGCAGCGGCAAACACCACCCUCGAAGAAUGGGCUCAACGACGGCAACACGGACGAGAAUGGCGACGUGAAUAUGGAUGAGGCGGCGGAGCAGGCAGAGGAGCAGGAGAAGGUGCUGGGAGAGUAUCCGCUACUCAUGACAGAACCAGGUUGGAACCCGCUGAAGGCGCGAGAAAAGACGAUGGAGAUCGCCAUGGAGCAGUGGGGCGUGCCGGCUUUCUUUCUCGCAAAGACAGGGCAGCUGGCGGCAUACUCACAAGGCAAGGCAACCGCGCUGGUCGUGGACGUUGGGCACCAGAACACGUCAGUCACGGCGCUACACGAGGGCAUGGUGCUGAAGAAGAGCAUUCAGCGAACACCACUCGCCGGAAACUGGCUUAACGAUCAGAUCCGGCUCAUGUACAACCAACAGAGUGUGCCUCUUGUGCCGCACUACAUGGUCAAGUCGAAGCUGCCCGUCGAUGCCGGUGCACCCAGCAAUGCUACAUACGUCAAAUUUGACAAGCCGCCCACAGACAGCUACCGCAAGCUCGAAGAAGAACGCGUCCUGACAGCCUUCAAAGAGAGUGUCGUGCAAGCCUGGCCUGGCCCCGGACGCCUCGACCAACCUUUCGGACCCGGUGGCCAAACGAACGCUGACUCAGUGAAAGGCCUCCCACCUAAACCAUUCGAGAUGCCAGAUGGGUGGAACCAAGUCUUCGGCGUAGAGCGCUUCCGCGUCGCUGAAGGACUCUUCGACAAUAAAGCCGCCUACACAGACUCCGAACACGCUGCGCCUCAGCAGUCGCAAACGAUAACACAAACCGUUCGCACAGCUGUCGAAAGCGUCGAUGUCGACCAACGGCCAAGUCUCCUUAACAACGUGAUUCUGACCGGUGCUGGCUCUCUCAUCGACAAGUUGCCCGAGCGGUUACAGGCUGAUCUGGCAGCUCUAUUCCCCAACCCGAAGGUGCGUGUAAUUGCGAAUAGCAGCAGUCCGGAGCGAAAGUAUGGUGCAUGGAUUGGAGGAAGUGUUUUGGGGAGUCUGGGCACGUUCCACCAAAUGUGGGUUAGCAGGCAAGAGUAUGAGGAGUUUGGGUCGAAGAUUGUGGAGAAGAGAUGCAAGUGAUGAAUGAAGAAAAGUGCUCAAUCAUGCCAGCAAAGCAGAUAGGGAACAUCAGCCUCUUUUGGAGCAUGUCAUAACUAGACGAAGGACAAUCUGUGCCGAUUCUUAAGGUUCAGAAAGAUGUAAUGCUUUAUGCCCGGUUCGAAAAACGAUGCUGUUGCUAGCGGACCUUGGUCGAAGGCAUUCGGCCUCCUUCCGCCAUCAGGAUCUCUUGACCCUCGUCAU